UAACAUACUUAGUCAACGUUCUGUGUUCACGAAGCCUCUUUAGUAAUUUCUUCCUCUACAUAGCUCUCUCUGUAAAUCUCUGUGAUCAUCUUUCCAUCAUACUGAUUAAUGGAUUCUUCUUUUUUCUUUAUCAUUGUUGCUGUUGCAAUAGGCCUUCUCACGUUUUUGAGAAAACUCAGAAUUCAUCAAGAUAACCAAGAAGAGAGUUCUUCUUCUUCUUCUUCUUCUUCAUCACCUCCAUCUUCUUUGUCUCUUUCAUCAGUUACUCCACCUUCUUCUUCUUCUCGCAUAUGCACAUACCAUGUCUUUCCAAGCUUCCGGGGUGAAGAUGUCCGUAGAGACUUUCUCAGUCACAUUCAGAUGGAGUUUCAAAGAAUGGGAAUCACUUCCUUCGUUGAUAAUGAGAUCAAAAGAGGAGAGUCCAUCGGCCCCGAGCUCAUUCGGGCCAUUAGAGACUCUAGGAUCGCAGUUGUGCUGGUCUCUAGGAACUAUGCUUCUUCAAAGUGGUGUCUUGACGAACUGGUGGAGAUUAUCAAGUGCAGAGAAGAGUUGGGCCAAACAGUGGUGGCCAUAUUCUAUAAAGUUGAUCCAUCUGAAGUAAAAAAGCUGAGCGGUGAUUUUGGGAAAGUAUUUAGAAAAACUUGUGCUGGUCAAACAAAAGAAGACAUUGGUAGAUGGAGAGAAGCUCUGGCUCAAGUGGCUACAAUCGCUGGUUACCAUUCGAGCAACUGGGAUAAUGAAGCUGCCAUGAUCAAGAAAAUUGCCACUGAUAUUUCAAACAUGUUGAACAAUGUCAUAUCAUCAAGUGAUUUCGAUGGGUUAAUUGGGAUGAGAGCUCAUUUGAAAAAGAUGGAACCUUUGUUAAGCCUACACUCAGAUGAAGUGAGGAUGAUUGGGAUUUGGGGUCCUCCUGGGAUUGGGAAAACCACAAUCGCCAGAGUUUUAUACAACCAACUCUCCAACAAUUUCCAACUGAGUGUCUUUAUGGACAAUAUCAAUGCAAACUAUACAAGACUUUGUUCUGAUGACUACAGCACAAAGUUGCGGUUGCAACAACUCUUUAUGUCUCAAAUAACCAACCAUAAGGAUAUGGAGAUUACUCAUUUAGGAUUUGCCCCAGCUAGGUUGAAAGACAAGAAAGUUCUUGUCGUUCUUGAUGGUGUGGAUAAGUCAAUACAACUAGAGGCGAUGGCGAAAGAAACUUGGUGGUUUGGUCCUGGGAGUCGAAUUAUCAUUACAACACAAGAUUGUAGACUUUUUAGAGCACAUGAGAUCAACCAUAUAUACCAGGUGGAUUUUCCACCAGCUAAUGAUGCCCUUCAAAUCUUCUGCAUGUAUGCUUUCGGUCAGAAGUCCCCUAAAGAUGGCUUUGAGGAGCUAGCUUGGGAAGUUACAAAAUUCGCUGGUAGACUUCCUUUGGGGCUAAGGGUUAUGGGCUCCCAUUUCAGGGGAAUGUCCAAGCAGGAGUGGAUAGACUCACUACCAAGGUUAAGAAGUACUCUUGACACUGAUAUUCGAAGCAUUUUGAAGUUCAGCUAUGACGCUUUGGAUGAUGAAGAUAAAGAUUUAUUUCUUCAUAUUGCCUGCUUUUUCAACUACGGACUGAUUAAGAAAGUGGAAGAGCUUCUUGCAACGAAGUUCUUUGAAGUGAGGCAAAGACUUAACGUCUUAUCUCAGAAAUCUCUCAUACUCUUUAACCAAUGCGGCCGAACUGAGAUGCAUAGUUUGCUAGAAAGACUAGGUAGAGACAUUGUUCGUAAACUAUCUAUAAAUGAGCCUGGAGAACGCCAGUUUUUGGUCGAUGGAAGAGAGAUUUGUGAUGUACUGAUUGGUGAUGGAGCAGGUAGUAAAAGCGUUAUAGGUAUAGAUUUUGACUACCGUGGAAUUGGGGAAGAAUUAAAUAUAAGUGAGAGAGCCUUCGAAGGAAUGUGUAAUCUCCAGUUCUUAAGAAUCGAUGGUAACUGCGAUACGUUGCAGUUAUCUCAAGGUCUGAACUAUUUGUCUCGUAAACUUCGAAUACUACACUGGAGUUAUUUCCCGAUGACAUGUUUGCCUUCUAUUGUGAACGUGGAGUUUCUUAUCGAACUAACCAUGGAUAACAGCAAGCUUGAAAUGUUGUGGGAGGGAAUUAAACCGCUUCGAAAUCUCAAGAGGAUGAAUUUGCGUGAAUCUGAAAACUUGAAGGAGCUUCCUGAUUUCUCAACUGCCGCUAGUCUUCAGAAAUUGAAUCUGAGUUAUUGCUCAAGUCUAAUGAAGCUCCCCUCUUCUCUCGGGAAGGCCACUAAUCUCAAGAAAUUAAAUCUCGGAGGAUGCUCAGAUAUUGUGGAGUUUCCCUCAUUUAUUGAAAAAACCACCAAUCUAGAGAUAUUGGAUCUUAGUAGUUGCUCAAAUUUGGUUGAACUGCCUCUUUUUAUUGAAAAGCUUCAGAAGUUGCAGAAGUUGAUGUUAGACGGAUGCUCUAUGCUAGAGGUUCUUCCAACCAACAUUAACUUGGAAUCUUUGGUUGAACUUGACCUCACUGAUUGCUCCGUGUUGAAAUAUUUUCCCGAGAUUUCUACAAACAUUAGAGUUCUCAAGCUCAGCGAGACUGCAAUAGAAGAAGUGCCUCCGUCAAUCACGUUAUGGCCUCAUCUUGAUGAGUUGCAUAUGUCUUACUUUGAAAACCUCAAGGAGUUGCCUCAUGCUCUUGACAGCAUCACAGACCUGUACUUGAGCGAUACAGAGGUACAAGAAGUUCCUCCAUUGGUCAAGAGAAUCUCUCGUCUGGAUCGAUUAGUGCUCAAGGGAUGUAGAAAGCUGGUAUCACUACCACAGAUUCCAGAGUCCCUCUCUAUGAUUGAUGCAGAAGAUUGCGAGUCACUGGAGAGAUUAGAUUGCUUCUUUCACAGUCCAAAGAUUUGUCUCAAAUUUGCCAAGUGCUACAAACUGAAUCAAGAAGCAAGAGACCUCAUCAUCAAGACACCGACUAGUGGACAUGCCUUUUUACCCGGUGGAGAAGUGCCUUCGUACUUCACUCAUCGAGCUACAAGCGGGGGUUUAUUGACAAUAAAGUUGAAAGAGAGGCCUCUUCCUACAUCCAUGAGAUUUAAGGCCAUCUUGUCGGUUCAUCAAAGUGACGAUGGUAAGAAGUAUCCAUCUAGUGUUGUCGCGUUUUGGUGUAAAAAUAGCUGGCAUGUAAUGAAUCCAACUUUAGCAGAACAUUUAUACACAUUUGAAGUCGACACAGAGGUGACUUCCAGCGAGAUUGUUUUGGAGUUCAACCUCGACAGUAGCGAUUGGAAGAUCAGAGAAUGCAGAGUAUACCAAAUCAUGGAGGUGCCUUCAUGUUGAUUAACACGAUGAUAGCCUGAGCGGUGGCUAUGGGGGAUGUCAAAAUAAAACAGAGGUUGAUGUUAAGCUAGAGGUUCUUACCACCCAGGGGCGUGUGAUGAAGAGAACAAUGUACGCAAUGCUCUCAUUCUUCAGUGCAGAAAUAGCCAGCGUCUAAUAUAUCAACUUUUAACAGCGCAUAUGUACACAUUCGAACUUGGAGCGGAGUACGCAAACUCUUGGAGUUCCCAAUGAACACGAUGACAUAAGAGCUUGAGCGGUGGCCAUAAGUAAUUUCUUUCACUAACCGUCAGGGGGCUAACAUUACAUAUUCGUAAAACCUCAGAUUCUGCUGCUCUAAUGUGAAGAAAGCCCUUGAUUUAACCCAUUUCAGCUUCCUCUUCUCUCAGUCAGGUUCUUACCUUCUCCCGUAGCUUCUUCUUAUCGAAAAUCUUUUAAGUUACAUCGCAACUAGUCUACGUAUUAUUAUUUUUGACUUUCUCAUUGUGUAUUCACUUCAAAGUCGUUCUCAUUAUUCUUCCUUUUGUAUGUGAUACUCUCAAAAUCAAUGAAAUGUGAUAUAAACUUCAA